CUCCUCUCUCUCUCUUCCUCCCUCUCCUCUCUCUUCCUCCCUCUCCUCUCUCUCUCUAUCCCUUUUAAUGCCCGUCCCUCCAGGGAAGACAGCUGCAUUCCUACUGCCCAUUCUGGAGCGACUCCUCUUUCGACCGGCGCACACACAAGUCUCCCGUAUACUCAUAUUAGUGCCCACCAGAGAACUGGCUAUUCAGGUCCAUUCUGUGGGAAAAGCUCUGGCUAAGCACACCAGUGUCGAAUUCUGCCUGGUAACUGGCGGGCUGGAUAGUCGGGGGCAAGAGGCGAUGCUUCGGAAACAGCCAGACAUCAUUAUCGCCACUCCGGGGAGGCUGGUGGAUCAUCUCCACAACGCUCCCUCCUUCAAUCUAAACACCGUUGAGAUCUUAGUCCUGGACGAGGCUGACAGAAUGCUGGACGAGCAUUUCCACGACCAGAUGUGUGAGAUAAUCCAGCACUGCCCCAAGAGCCGGCAGACGAUGCUGUUCUCUGCCACCAUGACGGACAAGGUGGAGGAGCUGGCCUCGGUCAGCCUCAACCGCCCCGUGAGACUGUUUGUGGAUCGGAACACGGACACCGCGGAGAACCUGCAGCAAGAGUUUGUGAGGAUCAGGAGCAAGAGAGAGGGAGACCGAGAGGCCAUUGUCACAGCUCUGUGUAGUCGGACAUUCAAGACCCAGUGUCUGGUGUUCCUGCAGACCAAGGCUCUCGCUCAUCGCAUGAGAAUCAUCUUUGGCCUUCUUGGACUCCAGGCCGCUGAACUCCAUGGCAAUAGGACACAACUACAGAGAAUAGAAGCUCUCAAGUUGUUCAAGGAGAGAAAGGUAGAUUUCUUGCUGGCGACUGACUUAGCAGCUAGAGGGCUGGACAUUACUGCAGUCAAAACUGUGAUAAACUACAACAUGCCCACAACGGCGAAACAGUACAUCCACAGAGUGGGCCGCACUGCACGAGCCGGUCAAACUGGAAGGUCCGUAUCUCUGGUAGGGGAGGGAGAGAGGAAGAUGCUAAAGGAGGUGGUCAAGACGGCAAAGGUGCCUGCAAAGAGCAGAAUAUUACCGCAAGACGUCGUGGUGCGGUGCCGGGACCGAAUACGGAAACUCGCGCCUGAAAUCAAAGCCAUUCUGAAGGAGGAGAAGGAAGAGAGAGAGUUGAGAGUGACUGAGAUGGAGAUGAACAAGGCUCGGAACAUGCUGGAGCAUCAGGCGGAGAUAUUCAGCCGACCUCCGCGGACCUGGAUGCAGCAGCAGUCGAGCGCGUCCCGACUCGGAAGGAGAGCUCCUCAGUCCCAGCAGCCCGCCGGCGACCACCAGCCACAGAUCAAGAAGACAAAACACGCAAAGAAACCUGCUAAAGACGAAGACCCAAAGGAAAAGAAACUGAGGCUUGAGAGAGAGUACACCUCCAGACAGGCAAAGAAACAACGGCGACCGAAAAAGCUCUACAAAAUGGCCCCUGGUGGGGAGAAGAACAAAGGUGUGGCGAAGCCACGGCCCGUGAUCAAGGGCUUUGAGAAGGAGUUGACCGACACAAGCAAGCAGGCGGUGCGAGGUAUUAGAAAAACCGCGUUCAAGAGUAAGCCGAAGGAGAGUGCGUUCAAGUCAAAGAGGAAAUACAAAAGGAGAGAAGAUGAUUGAUUAUGAUUUGACAUCCGUUGGCAAUCUGCGCAUGCGUAAUUAAGUGGGCGUGGCUGAUUUAUACGCGUCGUUUGAACGCGUCGCGGGUCAAUGAAUGAACACGAGUUGGGGCUUUAUAACCAGCUUCCUGCAAACGACGCGGAGAAUGGCUUGUCUGCUGUUGCUGAAAUCAGGAGCAAGAGCGCCGCAGGCGUUGCCGAGAUUACGAGAACUGACAAGAGCCGCGGGCGUGUUGAGCGCGUCAAGGAGACGCGUACUCCUUGGAGGUGAGCGACACCUUGUGACGGCAGCAGCGGGCAUGGCGGAAAGAAACCGGUUCGUUCUGAAUCUGGAGACCAUCAAUCCCAACCUGAAGGGCGUGCAGUACGCCGUGCGGGCCCAGUCCUGGACAGAGCCAUGGAAAUCGACAAAGAUUUGGCCAGGGGGGUGGGUGGCUACCCGUUCAAGGAGGUGAUCUACUGCAACAUAGGAGAUGUCCAGGCCAUGGGAAACCAGCCCAUCACGUACAUCCGCCAGCUCAUCACUGUCUGUCUCAGCCCCAAGAAAUACUUUGAGGCCGGCUCAAACGGACUACGAGAGCACGGUAGCUCCCACGUGCGAGAGGUCGUGGAUAUACUGGCGGAGGAGGUGGGGAGCGAGGAGGAGAAGGAGAGGCUGCGGCAGUUGGUCGAGGGGUUGUCGCCCGCGAGGGAGGGGAGAGCCGCGGAUGUUCUGGACGAGAUCCCGAGAGACGUGAAGGAGAGAGCCAACGUCCUUCUCAACAGUUUGGGAGGUCGGAGUCUGGGGUCAUACACAGACUCGCAGGGAAUAUCGGUCAUAAGACAACACGUUGCCGAUUUCAUCACCAGACGGGACGGCCCGCAGUACCCCGCCGAUCCCUCCAAGUUGUUUCUCCUCAACGGCGCGACGGAGGGGAUCAAGGCCAUGUUCUACAUGUGCAUGGACGUCAAUGUUCCCUGUGGAGUCAUGAUACCCAUCCCCCAGUACCCCAUCUACAGCGCCAGCAUCGCAGAGUUCGGAGCUGUCAAGUUGGAAUACUAUUUGGACGAGGAGAAGGACUGGUCGGUAGACGUGGAAGACAUGAGGAGGAGAGUGAGGGAAGCUCGCAGCCACUGUCAGCCCAGGAUACUCGCCAUCAUUAACCCUGGAAACCCAACUGGCCAGUGUCUUGCCAAGGAGAACAUCAGAGACAUAGUGGAGCUGUGUCGAGAAGAAGGUCUGGUCAUAAUCGCCGACGAGGUCUACCAGGAGAACAUUUACGACGACGGCAUCGAGUUUACGUCGUUUCGGAAGGUGGUGAAGGAGAUGGGGGCGGACGACGUCCAGUUGGUGUCGAUUCACUCCGUCUCCAAAGGAUACACGGGAGAGUGUGGGGUCAGAGGUGGCUAUAUGGAGCUGCUCGGUUUCGACGACGUAAUGGACGAGAUAAACAAGCUGUUCCGUACAAGCUUUGCCCCAACACCAUGGGCCAGGUGGUCACUGACGCCAUGGUCUACCCUCCAGACAAGGAGAGCCCUUCAUAUGAGCUUUACAAAGAAGAGAGGCAAAAGGCUCAGGUGUUGCUACGCAGGAAGGCCGACUUGGUCUACAAAAGGUUCAACGGCAUCCCGGGAGUCAGCUGCCGCAGGGUGCGCGGUGCUAUGUACGCCUUCCCUAAGAUCGAGCUGCCCCCGGGAGCCUUUGAAGAGGCCAAGAAACAGGGCCUGCCUCCAGACCAGUACUACUGUCUUCAGUUCCUGGAGAAGAAAGGGGUGUGUGUGGUCCCUGGCAGUGGGUUCGGUCAGAAGGAGGGCACCUGGCAUUUCAGGACCACAAUUCUCCCGUCAGAAGCAGAUCUUGAAAAGAUGUUGGACCAUUUUGCCGACUUUCACAUCUCCUUCACAAAAGAACACUCUUAGACCACGCCCCUCUCUCAUUUUGACCACACCCAUAUCUUUUCUCAGUGAUGUAAUUGAUGUCGUUAUUUUCCGCAUAACAGGUCAUUCUCAGCAAUGUUUUUCUGCAUAUUAGAUUAUUUAUUUCAUGGAAAAAACUUUUUUACACAACAA